AUGGCGGGCAUGCUCAAGAACGUGUUCGGCUCAGGCUCGAGGCCUGCCAAACCUGAUGACGACUUCGCUGAUUUCGUCGAGGCCCCGAACCCUUCGCCUGCAUCCCUCGUCGCCGACUCGACCACCAUCCAGGCAUCGAGCACCGAUGCCGUGCCUUUCACGGCAUGGUACCGCGUCUGGGAGCGCACCUCCCCUCGUGACUUCAUGCAGGAGGCCAUGAUCAUGCCCUUUAUCCUGAUCAUCGUUCUCUUCCACGUCUGGGGAACACGCAAGAACCGUCGCAGGGCGAAGGAGUGGGCCAAUGCUCACGUUCCUCUUCUCCAGAAAGAGUUCGCCGUUGUUGGGUUCGACGGUGUUGCGCGCACUGCGGAGGGUGAGGCCGUCACUGUGGAGUUAGCCAACCCAGAGAAGAGCCUCAAGGAGAAGUCGCCCAAUGAGUUCUCCACCUACGCGACUGGCCGCCAGAACGUUGCCUUCUUGGACAUUGCGCUCAAGAUGCCCAAGCGUUACAAUCCAAUUCACUACUUCAUGGAAUAUGCUGGCAGCUUCUUCUUCGAGAGUUGGGAGGCUCCCGCUGAGAAGUACGAGGCUAUGCUGUACACUUUCGAUGGCAAGGAGAAGGAUCUUGUUCCCGUUCUUGGCAAGGAUACUUCGUCUCUGAAGGUUAACAACUCGACCUAUGAUGGCUUCAUUUGGGCUGUUGUUCACAAGAGCCACAUGCGCAAGUUCCGCACUGAUCGUUACGAUGCCUCCAUCACCUUCUCUAAGGAUCACCCUAAGCUUCCUUCCUGGGCUGGAAACGAUUUCGAGUUCCUGAUUGUGUCCGACCAGCCCGUCGACAAGCCUACCAAGAUCGACGAGACCAUUCCCAAGAAGCGCAUCCAACUGUCCAUCAAUCUCUCCUCUGCCUACUCUGCGACUGUGCCCCUGUUCACCCAAUUCCUGCGUCUCCCCGAUAAGCUCGUUGCCGCCGCCCACUUCCGCGGCGAGGUGAUGCGCAAGCUCCGCAAUGUCCGCGAGGAGGAGAUCAAGAAGCUGCGCCGUGUCGAAGAAGAGGAGAAGGCCGAGGAGCGCAAGAUCGCUGCUGAGAAGGUCAAGAAGGAGGAGCGCGAACGCAUCCUGCGUAGCAUGACCGCCGAUGAGCAGCGAAAGUUCCUGGAGCGCGAGACCGCGAAAGACCAACGCCGUCUUCAGAAGAAGCAAACCCGCCGUGGUUAA